UUUUGACUGCGGUGGAACACCAAUAAACCCACCUAGUCUUCUUUUGGUCAAACACCAAUAAUCCUCCUCCUUCAUUGAUUCAGCCAUUCUACAUAACCAAACCCAGUUUUAGAAACCAAGCCGCAACCUUAUGGUCCUAAUCUCUCUCUCCCUCUCAGUAAAUCUUUCUUCUUCCCAAAUCACAAACCAUAUCCGCAAUCAUUGCUUCUGUCCCUCUCCCAAGCUUUCGUCUUCCUUCCCCUCUUCUGUUCCGCCUCAUGUCUGCUUAAGCUCGGGACGAACGGUAUAAUUUCUCCUCAAAAAGCUUUAACCGUCAACAUUUGGCACACCAACUAAAGUCGCACCGGCACCGGCACCGCCGACCAUAAGAGAAUCAGCAGAAUUUACAGGAAAUGGCUGCAGUAGGAAACCUUAUAGGAGGAGGGAUUGUAGGCACAUUGUGUUCGGAGCUGUAUAAUCUUGUUGUUACUCUGAUAAAAACGACUAACGAGUUCAGUCCCCUCCUCGAAGCGAUCAAAUUAACGGUUGGCGGUUUGGAGUCACUGAUCCCACAGAUAGAAGAUCGAAAUGAGAAACUGAAAAUCUCAAACAAGGAGACAGAAAGGUUAAAGAAGGCCUUGACCGAUGGCGUAGAGCUGGUUGGCGAAUGCUCCAACAAUCCCAAGUGGUACAAGAAGGCUAAAUAUACAGACAAACUCACCGCUUUGGACGAGGCUCUCGAACGGGAGUUAGAUAUGCUAACAGCGCAUGCAGCGAGCGAUACAAAAGAGGCCUUGCUUUUGACGAGGAAAAACCACGACGAUCUUGUUAAAUUGGCGAGGGAUGGGAGAAAGGGGUUGGAAAUGGCGAGGAAACACGGCGAUCAACUAGUAGAAUUGGCGAAGGAUGGGAGCGAGACAUUCGAUACAGUAAAGGAAAUAAUGAAUCUGAUCUAUCAUUUUCUAGGGUAUUGUAUAUCAGGCCUGAUCGUAAUUAUUGUUUUCUGGGUAGUGCUGCACACAUUUAUUCUGCUUGGAGAGAGUAAGCGGAAUGCAACAGCAGUACUGGACGGGAUAAUAUUUCCCCGCUGUAAAGUCUGCAAAUCGGUUGUGGCCCUUGUGGAGUGCGCGGGGUUAUGUAUAUCUUUGGUCUGGACAUAUGCGAAGCUACUGCAUGCGUAUUUUCUCACUGCGUCAUGCUUCUUCUUCCUCACUGCGUCAUACUUCAUCAGCUUCACUAUGGUAAUUCGUGAUCAGUAUAAACGAGGUUUCUCCCGCUCAGAGGUCUGCAGAUUGCUUUUCCAGAUUGGCUGCAAUUCUAUUUUCUUGUUCAUCAUCUGCUGGAUUGUUUUCUUAUGUAAAUUUUUCGAGUAAAUUAAUGAGCAAUUGUCCUCUAAAUUAAGAAAGAAAUUCCCAGUAAAGAGAUCAUGUACCACCAGGUCAUAGCACCAAAAUGACACAAGUGUUGCGAUCCUUGUUUAGUUAGGAAUGUGAUUGAGUAUGCUCUACAGUUUGAGUUCCUUAUCGCAAAAGUUACCCAUUGCUUUACAAUUUCAUCCCACCGAUCGACGUUUAUGCAUUUGAAUCUAUCGUCGGAGAAGACUGGAGAGAUGUAGUGGGAUGGAACUCUUCCGUUUGUAAUCGUCUGUGUUUAUUUUUUAUUUUCUAUUUAUCAUAUUUUCAUUUUGUGUUUUA